AUGGACCGCUUCGACGUCGACGAGCUGGACUUUGAGUCGGUCGAGCCCGUCCGGCCGAGCUCCUUCGAUGGCACGAGCGCGCAGAAGUUUGACAUUGCGAUCCGCGCCCGGCAGGCGCUGCCGAGCCUGAGCCUCACGGCGACCUGCAAUACGAAGCUCAAGCAGCUCGAUUGGCGCUUCGUCAAGAAGGACAAGGAGGUGUCCAUCCAUCGUCUGGAGCGCGAGAAGCACGGCAACUCGCUCACAACGCGCGUGAGCUUCCGCAUUAGCGUCGAGAUCAAGUCGUAUCUCGAGACCAUCAUGGACGCACUCGUGCCCAAGUCGCCGAUUGAGUACUUGCACAUGGAGAAGCGCAUGUUUCCCAAGUUUGUUGACGCGGCCGUCUUGCACCAGGUCGAGGACGACGAGAUCUCGGAGCUACCGACGUACCCGCGCCACUGCGUCAAGUGGCACGCGUCGCACCUCUUGACCAACCGCAUCACGGGCCGCAUGGGCACUCCGACCGACUUUGUCUUUGAAGAAUUCGCCGACGUCGAGACAAUCGAGAACGUGCAGUGUGGCUUUGGCUACAUCCAGAGCUGCGACUACCCCGAGGCGGACCUUCGCCGCGUGAGCGCGCUGAAGUGCAAGCGCGGUCUCAUCCGCAAGGGCGUCUUCCUUGUGCAGCCGAGUGCGCCCGACUCCGUCAUCCACGAAGUCACGGCCAUGUACAUCAUGGACUUUCCCAAGAACCUCGGCAUUAGCGUCGAUCGCAUCAUCUCUGCGUACGCCGAUCGGCUGCGCAACAUUCGCGAAAUGCUCAUCAACACGCUUUUCCAGCCGAUUCCCAUCUUGCCGCGCGACCAAUGGGUCGACGACCGGUCCCGGCGAGAGUGCUGUGUGUGCACACAGACGUUCACGCUGGUGCGGGCGCGACACCACUGCCGCGCGUGCGGCGAAGUCGUCUGCGGCAACUGCUCGCGCAAGUGGUCGGUGCCCGUCAAGAACAAUGGCGAGCUCCUCACGCGGCUCUGCACGCCGUGUUCGCUCAAGGCCCGCAGCAAUCUGAUGCCGUCGGUGGUCCACACGAACCGGUUCUCGCGCUCCAACACGACCUUGGGCCUCGACCCGCCCAUGACGGACUUUGAAAUGCAUCUCCACACGUCGUC